CCUAAGAUCACCUUGACGCCACUAAACUUUCCCUACCAGGACAGCUAAAACUGAUGAAAGGGAUCUCCGCCUGGUUGAAUCAGUCUCUCAGCAGCUACUAGAGCGCCAGGAAUCUCCAGAUUUGUUUUUCCCCCGGUGAACUCCGGUCCGCACCUUCCGCGGCUCUGGAAACAGUGUGAGAGAAGACACUCAGGAUGGCUCAGGGAUCCGGGGAUCAAAGAGCAGUGGGGAUUGCUGAUCCAGAGGAGAGUUCUCCCAACAUGAUAGUCUACUGCAAAAUCGAAGACAUCAUCACAAAGAUGCAAGAUGACAAGACGGGAGGAGUGCCCAUCAGGACAGUCAAGAGCUUUCUCUCCAAAAUCCCCAGUGUCGUCACAGGUACUGACGUCGUGCAGUGGCUCAUGAAGAACCUGUCCAUCGAGGACCCAGUUGAAGCAAUACACUUGGGAAGCCUUAUCGCCGCCCAGGGCUACAUCUUUCCAAUCUCCGACCACGUUCUCACCAUGAAGGAUGAUGGUACCUUCUAUCGUUUCCAGGCUCCUUACUUCUGGCCUUCCAACUGCUGGGAACCUGAGAACACUGACUAUGCCAUCUAUCUCUGCAAGAGGACCAUGCAGAAUAAAGCGAGGCUGGAACUGGCUGAUUAUGAAGCCGAAAACCUAGCAAGACUCCAGAGGGCGUUUGCAAGGAAGUGGGAAUUCAUCUUUAUGCAAGCAGAGGCGCAAGUAAAGAUAGAUCGGAAAAAGGACAAGACGGAACGGAAAAUUUUGGAUAGUCAGGAACGUGCCUUUUGGGAUGUCCACAGACCAGUGCCAGGCUGUGUGAACACCACAGAAAUGGACAUCAGAAAAUGUCGGCGUUUGAAGAAUCCACAAAAGGUUAAAAAGUCCGUGUACGGUGUGACCGAAGAGUCCCAGUCUCAGAGUCCUGUGCACAUACCCAGUCAGCCAAUUAGGAAAACUACAAAAGAGGACAUCCGGAAACAGAUAACAUUUUUGAAUGCACAGAUUGAUAGACACUGUUUGAAAAUGUCCAAAGUGGCUGAAAGCUUAAUUGCCUACACGGAGCAGUAUGUGGAAUAUGAUCCUUUCAUAACGCCCGCGGAGCCAUCUAAUCCCUGGAUCAGUGAUGACAUCGCCUUAUGGGACAUAGAGAUGAGCAAAGAGCCCAGCCAGCAACGAGUAAAAAGAUGGGGUUUCUCUUUCGAUGAGAUACUGAAGGACCAGGUGGGGCGGGACCAGUUCCUUCGAUUCCUGGAGUCCGAAUUCAGUUCAGAAAACCUCAGGUUCUGGCUGGCUGUCCAAGAUCUCAAGAAACAACCGCUACAGGAUGUGGCCAAGAGGGUGGAAGAAAUCUGGCAAGAGUUUCUGGCUCCAGGAGCCCCCAGUGCAAUCAACCUGGAUUCUCACAGCUAUGAGAUAACCAGCCAAAAUGUCAAGGAUGGAGGGAGAUACACCUUUGAAGAUGCCCAGGAGCAUAUCUACAAGCUGAUGAAAAGUGACAGUUAUGCCCGCUUCCUCCGGUCCAAUGCUUACCAGGACAUGCUGCUGGCCAGGAAGAAGCCAGAAAGUGAGCAAGGUCGUAGAACUUCCCUAGAAAAGUUCACUCGCAGUGUGUGCUGCUGGCGCAGAGUCAGAAUGGCCGCUGCAUUUCACCCCCGAGGUGGCUUCCUUCCAGCAGUGGGGAAAGUCGCUGGCGGGCAAGCGCCUCACCGGCCUGAUGCAGUCCUCCUGAGUGUCCCCACCACAGGGCCAGGGCCCGGGCCCUCAGAGCACAAGGGCAGGCGGCGGCGCUCCACAUCUGCGGACAGAGUUUCCUUGCGGGGAGAUUUGGUCACUGUGAAGGAGAAAGAGUGAGGGCCAUGGAGGGCGAUGGUGGGGAGACUUGGUGGGUGAACGGGGACACCAGGAAGCAUCCACAGACCUGGGCCAGCAGGGAGAGGCUCCUGUUUGCACCCUCUUCCUUGUACAGUUGUGCGCCAGCACUCCGUCUACUUGGAGGCCCUGUUUCUAACUGAGUCAGGAGACAGCAGCUCACGGGAUUCCUGUCGGACUAUCACUUGAGAUUAUAUUCUUAUUAUCCUCACUCCUCCUGCUGCCUGGGGGAGUCACACCCGCCAGCACAUGCAAGAGGAGCCAGUGGACCCUGGGCACGUCCAGUAUUAUGCAUCGCCCCUCUCUGGUGCCCCCACAGGGUGCACCUUCGUCACAGCCACCAUGACCCGCCCCAGCCCCCCACCCUGACUCUGUGGCCACCUGGGUAUGACCAGCCAGCACCAGGCACAGCUCCCACAUAAUAUGUCCAGAUCCUGUUUUCAGUGCGAAGGCGACCUCACCUCACCUGCUUUCCACCCACUUUGAGACCAACUUUCAAAGAGGUCUCCACGGGUGCGGUGGCAGCCCUUGGGUCCCAUCAGAUGUCUCAAGGGCCCAUCACUGGAGGAUGGGAGAGCACUGGUGCAGAUGGAAGAGCAUGUCGAUGAGCAGCCAUGGAGGUUCUGAUGACCAUCUUUUAAGAAAAUUAUUAUUUCAUUUUUCCUGUCUUUGCACCCUCGCUCCUUGGUUUGUUCCCUCACAUUUUACUUAAAAUAAACACGGCCGUGAACUUCAGGGGCCAUUGGGAUUCUCCCCUCUGGCAGCCUCAGGUGGAAGCUGGGAGGGCUCCGGCCCGGGAGGUGGCCAGAUUGAGACCUGGAAGCCCCUAGCUGGUGGCAUUCUGGUACGCACAGCCAGAUCCUUGCUGGGUCAGGCGUCAGUUGUUCCUGAAGCUUCGGCAGAGUGUGCUAUGGCAGGUCCAGGCCAGGGCCACGUGGUUCCCUUCCCAGUCUCAAUCUGAGGGCCAGCCAGAGAGCACCCUGUUAAACAAAGCCUGUCAUCUAGGAGAAAGCAAAGUCUGAGAAAGAUCCCCUGGGUUCCUUGUGUGAGUGUGCACGUGUGUGUGUGUGUGUGUGCACGCGUGCGUGCGUGUGUGCGUGUGAAAAUGACUUUGCCAACGUGGCUGUGAGGACGUGUAUAUAGAGCACCAAGUCAGGUGCCUGACACAUAGUAGGUGCUUAGCAAAUGGUAGCUAAUACUGUCAUCGUCGUCACUGUUGUUAUUGUGAUACCCACGAGACCUCGGGCAGAGCUGUAUUGAGCAAGCUGUUUCUGAAUUCAGACACUCAACCACCCCUACCUGCUACGACGAUCCUCCUUUGAUCUAUUUUUGGCCACAGGUGAAAAAGAAAUCUCCCUUGGGAGUGUAUAAACAGAAAACAUAGAAGGAAAAAAGUGAUCCUUGGUGUUUCUUUACUCAUGCAGGAAAAUGCACCAGCUGGUGACCAAAGGCUCAUUGGAUCGCCAUCCCAGCCUUCUGGGUGCUUCCCUAUGACCCAUCUUUCCAACCCCCAACCUCCGAGUCCUGUCUUUAUCUGCUUCCACACAACCCUGUCCCCAGACCCCCACUCUCCCAUCCCUCACAAUAGAGCCAUCAGGAACAUUAGGAGUCUCCAUUAUGGGGUAUCCUCAUGGGUUCUUCCCUCCCGGCUGUAGUUCUUGUCUCUUCAGAUACAGGAAAGUAAAAAGAUGACAUGUGUGGGCUCCUGAGAGAGUUUUCAAAGGGGCAAGACAGACCCAGAUUCUCGGUGGGCACACCCACACUCUCAGCACCAAGCCCGGCACUAGCAGAUACUUGGUAACUACCUGAGUAAAUGAAUGUGAUGAAGCCUUAUCUCAAUGACAGGGUCUCAAAAGGGGCCUCUUUCCACUUCUUUUAAAUCCCCUUUUUAUUUAUACGCACUUCCUGUUUCAGAACAAAGUUAUGGUCCAAGUUCAUUUGCACCCAACAUUGUCCCAACUGUGCUGAUAGGGAGGCGUGUGGACAAGGAGGGUUCCCAAGCAGUGGGCACCUUUGUACCUUCAGUUAUUCAGGGGAAGGGGUCUGGCUGCCUUCUGCCCCUCCCACAGGCUGCAGAGGACAUCCUAGGUCAGGCUGUGGACAAGGCAGGGUCGGCUUCCUGGCCAUGACUUCUGCGCCCCUUCCUUCCCCCCAACUCUUUACUGUUGCUCCUGAGCUAUGCUGGCCUGAGAACUGACCUUCACCAUGGAGGACCCUAAAGGGCCCAUCCAGAGCCAGAUGGACUGUGGCCCUGAGAUAGAACAAGCUCAAGGAUUCUAACCACCUUGGGGACAUCCAGAGGGGAGGACAAUGACAGCAGAGGCUCCACAGAGGUGAGGAUACCUCAGAUGGAUUCAAACCCAGAGCAAUAACCCCCUAAUCCUCACCUUUUUUUUUUUUUUUUGGCAGAAGCAGGCAUGGUCCUGUGACCACCACCAUAUGUGCUCCUCAGUAGAUCCAACAGGGGAAGGAAGGAAGUGGGGCAGGCUGCUUCACCCAAGUUUGCCAGUCCAAGGCCAGCCUACCACUCAGACCUUUUAAUGCAAGGAUUUAGAAAAUCGAGUCUUGGCCAGUUCCCCAUUGGUCUGGUGGACAUGGCCAACAUUCCAGGCUAGGUUAGAGGUUUGAAGGUAGUUCUGUAGCCAAGUAGAUCCUCUGUCCCAUCCUGUCCCCUAAAACCACCUGAGCUUCCCUGCCUGGGCAUGGCCUCUGAGCCUAAGAUGCUUCCCCCUGAGGGUUCGCAGGGUAAAUAUCAUUUUGAUGGACGAUGGCCAAAGUAUCAAGACAGCCUUAUCAAGUGACCACCAACCCCUCUAGGCAAGACACACGGGCCCCAGGGAUGAAACAUCUGAAUGAAUUAACCUUCCCUGCCUGGGAAGAGGACAACAGGUAUAAAUGCCUAGUGGCAACCAGAUGGCCUGAGCCAAGCAGCUGGAACUCUCUAGGUUGGGGGAAGGCUCCUGCUCUCCCAGAAAGUGAUGUCCCAACUUUGUCCUCCUGGGAAGGUGUUACAAUACCGCAGAGGCCCAGCUGCCAAUGCAAUUGACUGGGCCUGGGUUCCAGGUUCUCCACUGCUGAGUGGUCAGUACCAGGCCGACACCUCAGAAGGGCCUCUUGCAACUCUGGGUUGCUAACUGACUAGCUGAACAUGUAGGGACAUGCUCAGGGGUGCUCCCCUAUCAGGAUUCUUGGUAUGUUCAAACUACCUCACCAACAGGACACUGACCCAGGAGCCUGCCUCCCAUCUGGCUCCCUGGCUGGUUUUUGGAAAUGGAUAUUUUUCCUAAAAUGCAUCCCUCCUGUUCUGUUCCAAAUGCACAGGCUUCAAAAGCCACCACCAGGAAGCCUUCCCAGAAGGUAGAAAGGACUGAGGGUUAUUGGUCUUUGGGUCUUGCAGAAUGUAGAAGCUGGGAAGCCCUGGGCUGGGGGAAAAUAAUGUGCCAUCACUAAAAAGGAUCUGGCUGAGAUGAAUGUGUAGCAAGGACCAUGAAAUAGUCAAACAGUGGCCAAAUUAAUCACUAAUAACUCGCCACAGGAACCUCUGAAGGGAGGCCUGUGCUCAUGUAACCAUGGCAACAGCAGACGCCAGCAACUUACUCAUUAGUGCCACCCAGUAAUAAGGCAUCCCCUGGGCAAGACCAGGGGCCAUAAAGUAGCAAAGUAGCAAAUGUAGCAAUAAGGGGCCCAGGGCCCCAAAGGGGCAGGGCCUAAAUUACUAGGGCUUAGCCCUCUCCCUAGCCCCUGUAAGGGCUCAGAGCCAGCUGCUGCCAGCUGUCUGGGGAGAGGAGGCCCUGCACACCCCAGGGCCUGACCUGUAUUCUAUGCCCACUUACUGCAUGAUCAUGGACACAUUGGAAUGGCCUCCUCAUAGUGCAUGUGGUUCUCAUUAGUUUAUUUUUCUGGAAUUGGGGGAUUGGACCCCAGAACCAAACAGGCUGGUAAUAGUUUUAAAAUAAAUGACUUGAACCCACUACAAUCUA